AUAAAUAAAUGAAUACAUUUUUGAGAUUAUUCAAGUUGAUUUUUGGAUAAAUUGCUCCACAGCUGCCUGAGAGACAACCUGAGAGGGCAACCGUAUCUUUGAGCCUUGACCCGGAAGAGGUUUUGUUGCGAACAAACGAGCGUACGGUUUUUCAUUCAGUAAGUCAGAAACGCUUUGGAUCGUAAUUAAAAACGAAAACAUUAAUCAAGGCGGGAUUGGAUAACGCCAAAAAUAUGUUCUAUCAUAUUUCCUUGGAACAUGAAAUCUUACUGCAUCCGAGGUAUUUUGGUCCUAACCUCCUCAACACCGUGAAGCAGAAGCUCUUCACAGAAGUGGAGGGUACUUGCACUGGCAAGUAUGGCUUCGUCAUUGCAGUUACCACCAUUGACAACAUCGGAGCAGGUGUAAUCCAGCCAGGCAGAGGUUUUGUCCUGUAUCCAGUCAAGUACAAGGCCAUUGUGUUCCGUCCCUUUAAAGGAGAAGUAGUGGAUGCUGUGGUCACUCAGGUUAACAAGGUUGGAUUGUUCACAGAAAUUGGUCCUAUGUCUUGCUUCAUCUCUCGCCAUUCCAUCCCCUCAGAAAUGGAGUUUGACCCUAAUUCCAAUCCACCUUGUUAUAAGACAGUUGAUGAGGACAUUGUAAUCCAGCAAGAUGAUGAGAUUCGAUUGAAGAUCGUGGGAACCAGAGUUGACAAGAAUGACAUUUUUGCCAUUGGAUCUCUCAUGGAUGAUUAUUUGGGUCUUGUGAGCUGAUUUUCUUCAGAGGAGCACAUUGUGGAUUAUUUUGUGUAGUCGCAUAGCUAUGUGUUCGUUAAAAUUAAUAUUUUUGUACUCUGGUAUGGUUUUGGAGCAGAUACUCCGUAACAGAUUAAUUUUAUUGUUAUGUUCAGACUGAGGGUCUUUUUUGGAAACUGCUGUAAGAGUCAAAACAAAUGUAGGACAUGCGUGCUAAUUUAGAAGUAAUUUGGUUUCUUUGUAAUUCAUUCUUACAUAUUACCUUUUGUAUGUGAAUGGUAAUAAAGCAUUUUAUUUGUUUUUA